AUGAGGGAGGCAAACCAGGACGUAGCAUCCUCCCCGUUCGACGAUCCUGACGCGGACAUCAUACUGCAAUCAUCGAACAAUGUCAACUUCCACGUGUACAGUGUCAUCUUGAAGUUGGCUUCCCCUAUCUUUCGCGACAUGUUCUCAAUUCCCCAACCAGCAACACAAGCCACCAAACCCACGAUAAAGAUGGAGGAGGAUUCCACGACUCUUGACAUGAUGUUGCGACUGUGCUACCCGGGGCCCGACCCGCUCGUCACGGAAUAUAAGCAAGUGACCUCGAUUCUACGAGUGGCGGAAAAGUACGACUUGGAUGGUGUCGUGGAGAAGAUGGGCCGCGAUUAUCCUCAGGUGCUGCGUGUUGAAAAUUCGCCUGUCGAGGCUUUCGCUAUGGCAUGCCGGUACCGUUGGAAAGAGGUCGCAAUAUCUGCAGCGAAGGCAUCACUGCUCUACACGACAGACGAGCUACUGGAACUCGAGGCCGAAGCUCUAAAAUCCAUCACAGGGAUGGAUUAUCAUCGUCUUUUCCAGUAUCACCAUGCAUGCCGUCAGGCAUGUCAGAAUCUCACUACGCAAGUUGAUUGGAUGUUCUAUAGUUCCAUUAGCAUCGAUUCCUACUCUUUCGAACGACAUGCCAACAGUGCAACCCCGAAGGCAAAAAGGUGCAGCGACGUAAAGCAGCUUCGUUAUCGGAAUUUUCCAAGCUGGUGGUGCAACUAUAUGGAAGGAAUUGGGAUGCAAUUCAUGCUGCAAGGUCCCGCCGCUGUACGUCUUACUGAAAAAACCCUUCAAGAUGCUGUCAGCAGUAUCAGCGGGUGUAAAUUGUGCAAGGACAUGGACAACUUUGGAGACAUGUACAAGUUCCUAGAGCGUUUCCGUACCCAAAUUGACAGAGCAAUAGCAAGUGUCGAGUUGGAACUAUCCUUUUGA